AUUUGCAUGUUUAUUUUAAUGGCCAAAACAAGUGCUUUACUUCAGUUUUUUCAAAGAUAUUUUAUAUUUUUGUUCUUUAUUAUUAUCUUUUGUAUUCACCAUGUAAAUUGCUCUCAAUUUAAGUCUCAUUUGGUCGCAAUUUAUCCAAGCGAAACGGAUUUGAACACAAAGAUCUCUAAUGGUGUUGUUGAGUUAUCUACCGAGACAAGUACCCAAUUGUAUUUUAUUGGUUUAAACCUAUCUCAUGACACAUCGAUUGUUUUUACUGAAACUGGCGCGGAAAGAGGAGACCCUUGUGAUUCAUUUGAUCGAAGCAAAAACCAUGUUUUGUCAAAGAGUGAAUCCCAAAUAUUUGAAACAAAAGUGUCAUUCAGUAACAUCGGCAAGUAUUAUGUAUGUCUGAGAGGUGGUAUAAAUGAUAAAUGGUACCAUGCGGGCACUGGUAAUUUAGUAACCAUCAAAGUGGUUUCAAAAGGAGCACUCCCCAUAUGGUUGCAAGCAUGCCUUCUGAUAUUACUACUGAUGUUGUCUGGACUGUUUUCCGGUCUCAAUCUUGGACUAAUGGCGUUGGAUCCCACAGAGUUGAAAGUGGUGGCAAAUUGUGGUAGCCCAAGGGAACAGAAAUAUGCCAAAAAGAUAUUACCGGUUCGUCAACAUGGUAAUUACCUGUUGUGUACUCUUCUCUUAGGUAAUGUUCUCGUUAACAGCUCGUUAACGAUUCUGCUCGAUACUUUAGCUGGCAGUGGGCUAAUUGCUGUAGUUGCAUCUACUGCUGGUAUCGUUAUAUUUGGUGAGAUUGUUCCACAGAGCAUUUGUUCGAGACACGGUCUGGCGAUCGGAUCAAGGACGUUAAUUAUGACAAAAUUAUUUAUGUUGCUAACUUUGCCCGCAUCCUAUCCCAUUAGCAAACUUCUAGAUUUCAUUCUUGGGGAAGAACUAGGCACGAUAUACAAUAGAAAACAGUUGCUAGAGAUGAUUAAGGUCACGGCAGAACAUAACGACCUUGCUGGUGACGAGAUGAAUAUCAUCUCAGGAGUUUUAAACUAUAAAUCAAAAUGUGUCGAAGAAAUAAUGACGAAAAUAGAUUCAUGCUUUAUGCUGGAUCUUGAAAGCCAUUUAGAUUUUGCUACAAUCACAACAAUAAUGGAGUCAGGCCACAGUCGUAUUCCAGUAUACAGCAAUGAAAGGCAUAACAUUGUAGGUCUACUCUUCGUUAAAGACCUUGCAUUUGUCGACCCAGAUGAUUGCAUACCACUUCAAACUGUGAUAAAAUUUUACAGUCGACCGGUAAACUUUGUCUGGGAUGAUACGAACCUUGGUGAUCUGUUAGAUACAUUCAAAGAAAAACAUUCCCACAUUGCAAUUGUCCAGAGAGUCAAUAACGAGGGACCAGGGGAUCCGUUCUAUGAGGCAAUUGGUUUGGCAACUUUGGAAGAUGUCAUUGAAGAAAUGAUUCAGUCAGAAAUUGUAGAUGAAACAGACAAAUACAGUAAGACUUUUGCUGUUAUUUUUAUUUAAAGACAAGCCAAAAGUAAAUGUUAUUUUUUAUGAGUGUUUGCAUUUUCAUUGUAAGCAGGGUUAAAAAUAGCUGGGUGACAUUUUCCCUGUGGAAUCGGGGUCCAACUUUUGAAUUAGACACCCAGAAUUUUUCUCCAUAUGAUCUGUACAUGAUAAAUUCAUAUGUUUUACAUAUGUAAACUGUUUAUUUUAACCCCAGUAAGUGUACUAGGGGAUGCACCAAAAUCAAUGUAUUUUAGGUUCUUGCCAGAAUUGGAUAUAUGGCUGAAACUCAAAAAACUUUUGGAAUGAGGACUGCAUACAUGUAUCAAACCAUAUAUGGUCUUCUGCUACAUUAUCAGAUGUUGGACUGGCAGACAAUUGUAAUCAUAAGUUUGUCACCUUCAAAAAGCUUAUAUAUCACCCUCAAAAAGUUUAUAUAUAACCAAAAACUGUGGAUGCUUUUGGUGCCAUUUAGGAAUGCAAAAACAUUUUACAUCCUUAAUUUUGUUUUUAAUGAAUGUUUUUUGAAAAAUAUAUUCUCACUACUGAGUUAUAUUUGAUUCAUGUUCAGCAGUAUGAAUGAAUUGAUAUUCUACCUGGCAAAGUAAGAUAGAGUUUUGCCCAUGCAUUUUUGUCAGUUCCCACCUAGACCAGUGCACCAUUCUCCAGAUGUACAGUACAUCUGAUCAUGAUAGCUUUCAGUUUCAUCAAUUUACAGUAUAUUUAAUUGUUCAGUGCCGUUAUUUGUGGUCUGUUAACUAAGAUUUUUUCUUCAUUUUGUUGUAGUUGACAACACGACAUUCACUGCAAAUCCACAACGAAGAUUGACGGCAAGCUUCAAUCUUUUUAUAACAGAGGAAAACACAAAGACAGCCCUCUCACCACAAUUGCAACUUGCAUCCUUUCAGUAUUUAUCAACAGGUAAAGAAUUUUGAGGUUUUUUGAACAAGUUAUAAGUACAUAUAGCAUUCCUUGAUUUCAAGGUGCACAGUUCCAACUGAAUGUCUUAAAUCUAUCAAUAAUAAUUAUCUACCAAUUCAUUUUCCAACAAUCUGUCAAUGUGGUUGCUUCUACAUCAGGUACAGUAAAUUUUAUCUUAAGAUUGGGGGCUCACAAGAUUGUUUUAAUCUUCAGAUAGUUCAUGUUUAUCAUCAGAACUGCUUGAAAAUAUUAUUAAUAAGUGAAUUUUAUUGAGUUUAUAGUGAAAGCCCUUUAUCUGAAAAUGAGAAAUAGUGCGAUUUUUCAGGUAGUUCUUUCCAAAACAAUGACGGUUUAUUCUGGCAUACUACAGUAUCUCUACAUUGGACACCACGUUUGAGAUACUGUAUCGACCUGAUUAAACGAUUCAACUCUUUACAGUAAGUUUUAGUAUUCAAAAUUGUUUGUCAUAUUAGCUGUCGAUGCAUUCAGUGAAGAAAAAAUAACCGCAAAUGUUUUGAAGCAAAUCCUAAAACGUAAAGACGUCGUCCUUGACAUCCGAAUAAAAGACGCACCCAAAGAAUUAUUGGUCUUGUACGAGAAAGGAAAAGUAGUGGACUACUUUCUGAUGGUCAUCCAAGGCCAUGUUGAUGUCACUGUCGGAAUGGAGGAAUUUACAUUCCCUCAAGGUGAAUCCUUUAUUUUUGUGAUAAUGAAAAUUGAGAAAGAUAAAUGUAUGGUGCAACACCAUAUACAGUGUUAAAAUGCUACUAUGUAAUGUUUGGGUCGUUCACAGAAGAAAUAUAAUACAACGCAACGCCAGUCUAACGCCAGACGAUUUUAUUUCUCAAGGGAAAGCGCUAGGUUAUAUGCUGUAAAAAUAAUAUAAAUUUCUUCCUAUUCUUAGGCGCAUUCUCUUACUUCUGUCAAGAUGUAUUGCUGGCCAGGAAUUGCGUGUAUAUUCCUGACUAUACUGUAAAAGUGACCGAAGAUUGUCUCCUUAUAAAAGUUACCAGCGCUAUAUACAAGCAAGCUUCGAUCUCGACCAAACUCAAACUCAAGACGCUGGAGAUUGAGGAAAAGGAUGAUGACGAGGAGUUUGAUGCGCACGUGAUUUAUGACGAAGAUGAGGAUGUCAGCGAUUCCAAUUCCACGGAGCCGUUCACAACUCCCGGAACGACGCCAAUGUUACGUCGAGCUGACAAAGCGAAUAAUACGAAAGUUUGAUUUUAUGAUCAAUGUUGUGGUCGAAUAAUCAAUGUCGUGAUCGAUAACCAAUGUUGUGAUCGAAUAAUCAAUGUUCUGAUCGAAUGGGCUAGGUUGAUAUUGGGUGGGACGUGGUGUUUUGUUUUGUUUCGUUUUGUUUUGUUUUGUUUUGUUUGGAAGAACAGUGAUCAUUGGAAAAGAUUGAAUAAUGUAGGGUAUAGGUCAUUUGGAUGAAUUAGGAAUGGUAAAAUGACUGGAUUUGAUGCUGUCGUUAUUAUGUUGUUGAUUGGCGAGACCUGAUGCUCGUAAAUCAAUUGUAACGACUGUAACGAUGAAUUUUGACAAAGGAUUUCAUCCAACAUGGUAAAAAUCUUUGGCUUCGUCGCCAAUGUCAAUCAGCUCACUUAUGCUAACAAGUUUUCUAUCCAGUCUUUUUACUAUCCAUGUAGGGAAUCAACAUUGCAUUUACAAUAUCCACAUCGAGUCACGAUCCAUUACGAAGAAUCUGUACAUGGUAUUGGGAACCUAAUUGUUCAUUAUGCAUUCAAAUGUCUUGUUAAUACUUUGAACAUUUUCGCUUGCUGCAAAAGGCCACUUUAUUACUUAAAAAUUGUUGAAAAAUGCAUACUUAAAUUAAUGAGAGAAGUAAAUUUUAAUGUUUUACGGCUUUUUUUAUUAAAGGAAUAAACGUGUUUUAUACAGUUCUCGCGGUAUUAUAUUUUUAAUUUUCAUUUGGUAUUCAACUUUUCAUUUAACUUUUCAUUUUA